AUGUCGUCCUCCAAUAUAACGCUAUCAUCCAACAUCCUCGGCACAAUCGGCACAGUCCUCUGGUGCAUCCAACUAAUCCCGCAAAUAUGGCACAAUUGGCGUCGGAAGAAUACAGAUGGAUUCCCCGCUUCGAUGAUGUUUCUUUGGGCAUGUUGUUCCGUGCCAAUGGGAGCAUAUCUGGUCCUGCAGAUUCAGCCUCAGAUCUUUGGGUUCUUUUCGCUUAUUAGUUGGGGUCAGUGCAUUUGUAACUCUAUUGCCUGGGUGGUUCUAAUUCUUAUUCUUGAUUUUAAUAGUGACUAUAGCAAAACCAGGGCUUUUUUGGUUUGCUCUGGGAUGAUUGUUUUGUUUGGAGGAUUGGAGGCUAUUCUUAUUCUUACUCUGAGGAUCCCAUAUAACAAUGGCGUAACAUGGCCUGAUAUUGUGGUCGGGGUUGUGGCUACUCUCUUUCUCAGUGCUGGUCUGUUGCCACCUUACUUUGAGUUAUGGAAGAGAGAUGGACGUGUUAUUGGCUUCAAUUGGGUCUUUUUGUCCAUUGAUACACUGGGUGGACUGUUUUCCCUCUUCGCAUUAGCGGCUCAAGGCUCAUUUGAUAUCUUAGGAGGGAUUAUGUAUAUUUUGGUGUAUGUCAUUCUUACUGUAGCUCUUGGAUUGAAACUGACAUACACAUGCAGGGUUGUUCUUGAGUCGGGAAUAUAUAUCAGCCACACCAUCUGGCGAAUUCGGUAUCGCAAGCUGCGCAAAGAGGCAAAGACCAGAGGCAUUAGCAUUGAUGAACUACUUGAUGAAAAUAAUAUUCAAGACACGCAUGACCUCGAAAAAGGGGGGUAUUCCGGGGCCCGAGAAGGCUGA